GUAUGACACAAACGUCAGUCGAUCGAAAACAACAUUUCACAUUUAAUGAAAUUCUUUCUUUUGUUUCGACAAUUAGUAAACAUUCCGUCGCGUUUAAGUCACAAAUUGGGUAGGAGUGGAAAAUUGAGGAAUUUUGUGCUUAGCUGAAAGUGUUCACAAGAACAAUGGGUGAUUGGCAACGCGAACUCGAUACGUAUUUGGGGAAUAUUGAACACCACACCACAAGCUCACUCUUGCGAAUCCGACAGAUGUUCAAUGAAUCAGGCCGUCGAUUGGAUCGCAAGUUUCGGAAGCAUUUUGUCAAUGUGACCAGGAAUCGGAUCGUUGAGGCAUGUGAUCGCUUUGAAAUGGAAGUGUCCAGAAAUGUGCAGAACGACCGAAUCAAUGGUAGAACCGAUGAUCGUGGCCGAAGUCCAUUAUCAAAUCGAAAUCGAAUGCGGUCUCCAUCCAGCAGUCGCAAUGGGAGAAUAUAUGAUCGAAAUCGUGACCGAAGUCCCUUGAGUCGAAAUCGAAUGCGGUCUCCAGCCAGCAGUCUUAGUUCACACCAACCAUUACUAUCAAUCGAAAUGCGUGAGCUUGAGCUGCAAAAUGAAUAUCUCAAUGAUAUUGCAAUUAGUGGCGUUCCAACUCGCACCACCGAAGAUUUGCGUAGCAUGUUUUUGCGGCUUUGCAACAAGUUCGAUGCAGACAUUGUGCCAGAGGAUAUCAUCAAAAUUUAUCGUGGUAUGCCGCGUGAUAUGGUUGUGGUUCGUUUCAAAAGUCGAAACAUCAAAGAAGAUAUCUUGAGAAUUGCUUCGAGAAACAGAUUCCGCACCGACGAUUUGAUGCGAUUGACCCCAGACGAGCGUCCAACUUCGAUUUACAUUGGCUAUCAUACGACCGACUAUUACACACGAAUGUAUGCAUUUGUACGACAGGCAAAGAAGAGCAAAUUUAUUUAUCAGUACAGUAUCACGAAGCGUGGAUUCACAAUUCAACGCACUCCAGCCAGUUCGGAGCGGCACUUUGUGUCAAUGGAAGAACUUACGGAUUAUCUCAAUGGUUUGCGCAAUGUAGCCCGUCGUCACCCGGCUUUUAUUUCGUCAGAUUCAGAAUAUUAGACAAAGCAGUUAGUUGAAAAUAGCUGGAGCAGAGCUCAUCAGAUUUAGCUAGGUUGACAUUGAUUGAAUUUUUUCAUAAAUUUGAUUAUUUAGGCAUUCCAUACAUAUUUUUCAUGAGAAAUUCUUUUGAAAUGAUGGAAAAACCAGUGGUCUUGGUUUAAACAGAACAAAAAUUUAGAUCUAAACCAAAACGUUGACCCAUAAAACAUCAAAACAAAGCUCUUUCCAUUUGUUGGAAUCUAAAUCAAACUGACAUGAAUUCAUCAAACAUUCCGAUUUUUCAAUUUUCAUUCAAUUUUAUUAAAAAACAAAUGAAUUGCAUUUCAAAAAUCAGAACAUAAUUCAUUGUAAUUGAAAAUGAAUACAAAAACUGUUGAAAAUGUCAAUGGAAUCAAUUGAACAAUAAAUUGAAAUAUUUCUAUUGUGCUAACGAAGCUCUGAAAACAUU